AUGUACAAUAACAAUAAUACCUGCCUGGAUAUGAACGCGGAAUUAUGGCGGAAUAGGCGCGAUUGGAGCACUCAGUCAUUUACUAUAUUCAUUUUCGUCUUUUUUUAUGCAGCAAUUAUCCUCAUCGGUAUUGUAGGCAAUCUAUGUGUCAUAUUGGCCAUAUCUAGGACCAGGACACUGCAAACAGUACCCAAUAUGUUCAUUUUCUCAUUGAGUUGCUCCGACCUUGUUGUAUGCUUCACCUCAGCAACAAUAACACCAAUCGCAGCAUUCAAGAAGGAAUGGAUUUUUGGUGCUGUGUUAUGUUCCGUAGCACCCUUUAUUGCUGGCGCUUCAUUGUGCUUCUCUACAUUUACUCUCUCAGCAAUCUCAGUGGAUCGUUUUUUGCUUAUCUAUUUUCCAACUAGAAAAGCUUUAUCCAGGCUUCAAGCAUUAAUCGUAAUUAUGGUAAUAUGCAUGUUAUCUACUUCAUUAUCAGCGCCGGUAAUAUUCAAGCAAAGGCUUAAAAGAUUCGGCAAUUACUGUGGCCAUUUCUGUACUGAAGAAUGGGGUAUCGACCAAAGCGGUAGACGAGUUUAUGGGUCAAUAAUGCUGAGCGUACAAUUCAUCGUACCUCUGGUGAUCAUCACUUUUUGCUACACUGCUAUCUCUUUCAAAUUAGGCAAGGGUAUACUGCAAAGGAAUCGAAGGCAGCGUAAUGAAUAUCAACUAGGAAUGACCGAUCAGCAGCGUGCAGCCAUAAAACGCAGACAACGAACAAAUCGUAUGCUAAUUGGAAUGGUGGUUGCGUUUUCUGCAAGCUGGUUUUUCAGCGUAUUAUUUAACGUUCUCAGGGAUUACGACUGUCUGCCGAAGUGGUGCCAAAAUCAGGAAUACUUUUUCGGGAUUGCAACACAUUGCAUUGCUAUGUCCUCAACUGUAUGGAAUCCAUUGCUUUAUGCAGCUCUAAAUUUGCAAUUACGUGCUGCUUUUUUUCGAUUACUACCUGAAUGUGUAAGGCAACCAGAAAUGCAGAAAAGUGCUACUUAUAACUGUAAGCCUCUCCUUCAAUCCGGAAGUGCUUUGCGGAAUGAUUUAACAAAAAAUAAGAUACUGAAUUGUGAUCACAGAAAAAGGUAA